ACUUUAAGUAAAUAUUUUAUUUAGUGUAUCCACAAAAAAAUUUAACAAAAUCUGUUUGACAAAUAAUGUCGUUUACAAUAAGGAAAGGAGUGAAAGAGGACAGCAGUGAAUUACGCCAAUUGUUUCGAGAGUUGGCUAUAUAUCAGAAUCUGGACGGCAAUCGGGUAGUCGAAGUCCAGGUGAUAGAAAAAGAUGGAUUCGGUGACCAACCGGAGUGUCUACAGUUUCAAACGUUUGUCGCCCAACACAAUGAUAGCCAACAACUGGUCGGAUUUGCAUUGUAUUAUCCAAAGUACUCGGCCUGGACUGGUCGGGGCGUAUGGAUGGAACACUUGUACGUUAGUCCCGAAUGCCGUGGAACGGGUAUCGGUCGCCAAUUGAUGGCAGCUGUGGCUAAACAAGCGCUGGCCGACGGAUGCGCACGAAUGGAAUGGGAUGUAUUUGUCUGGAAUACCGGUGCUAUGUCUAUGUAUAAGAAGUUGGGUGCCAUUGAUUUGGGCGAAUCAAGCGAACAGACAAAAGUGUUUCGGCUGUUUGGCCAAACUUUAACACAAUUAGCUCAGGGAUGUCAAUCACAAUAG